AUGAAUGGGGGAGUGAAUAGCACCAUGGAAGAGCCUAUGGAGAUAUCCCUCCCUGCUUCCCCAACAACCAAGGAGCAAAGCACUGAUGAACACUCCUCGGAGAAUAACUGUGAGAUUAGUAGCGGAGAAAACAGACCCUCAGAGGAGGUCAUAAAACAAGAACCAACAGAUGAUAACACUCAAAAAAGUAAUGAGAUCGAGAACAAUGAUAAAAUACUUAUUCGUGAGAUACCGAGUCUAGAGACUGAGGAGUCUUCUCAGGAAAAUAGUAUUAAUACACUUGAGGAAAACCUUUGCGGUAAUACUAGUGAUUCAAAUACAGAGUCAUUAGACAGCUCCCAGACUAAGUCUGUGAACAAUGCAAUGGAAAAAAUGGAUAUAAGUGUUCCACCUGAAGAAGUUGUAAAAGAGGUUCAGGUAGAUAUAGAGUUCGAGGAAGAUUCACUGGGCUCGGAAAUUUCAGCAGAGCCACUGGCGGAGGACACACUGAGCAUAACUUCAGAAACAUUUGAUGAACAUGCAGAUGAUGAAAGUUCCCAGGAAAGCUACGUGAACACUCUCAUUCAGGGAAUAGUUUUGUCACGGCGUGAUGAAAAGGAGAACGAUGAACACUGCCCGCCCGCGCGGCCGCACCGUGAGGGCAGCAGCGAUGGCGCCGGGGGCGUCCGCGCUACCGGGGGCAUCGGUAGCGUCGGGGUUGGCGGGAGCGUCGGGUCUCGCGUCAGGCCUUCGGUUUCGGAGAGCCUGGUGCAGUUGCGCCGCAGCAGCCGGGCGGUCAAGCGCAAACGCUACAACGACGAGGGCCCGUCCGACGCGGAGAUGCUUUCCGCGGGCGAGCAGGUGCGCCGCGGGCCCAGGCCGACGGUCGCCAGUGACGCGACGCCGAAGCAGAUGAGGGCGGGCCAGGCCGGCGGCUCUAGCAACGACCCGACCGGCGAUGGCAACACCGGCGAGCCCGAAACGUCGGCCGGGAGCGCCCCCGUGGCCCCCGGCGGCUCCAGGAUCGAUUCCCCAACGCCGGGCUGCUCGUCUGCGUCUGCGCCCCCGUCCGCUCCCGCGUCGCAGCCGAACAUUCUGCCAUCGCUGAGCGACGAUAUGUUCGUGGUCGAGGCUCCAUCUUUCAUAGUACCGUACGUUUACGAGAAACCCGCUGUCAGGCUUUUCAGAGAGUUUGUUGACGUACUCGCUAAUCAGAUCCAGGAGCAAAUAGCCAGAGACGCAAUGAAUGGUAAUGAUGAGAGGGAGGAGGAGAUGGAGAAUCAGGGUACAGAGGAGAGGCAAGAUGGCGGUGACGGGGGUGUGGGGGGCGAGGGGGGGGCGAGGGGGGCGAGGGGGGGAACCAGGAGGACGUCCAAAAUGAGGGUCAGGAUGAAGAAAACGAAGGAGCACAACGAAGGAGGGGCCGGAAUGACGAUGACGACGCGUCUUGGGACGGUGAGAGUAGUACGGAUACCGAUGACGAAA